AAAACUGGGCAGUGCGAACGGUUCAUGCGGAAUACACACCACGCAUUAAGUGCACACCACCUCUGCGAGAGUUCGGGCCGAUAACGGGUGUCCGUGGUAGCAUUUUCUCGGAGUAUAAUAUUUCCACGUUGUCGUGCUUCCGCCUUACAACGCCAGCAGAUCCAUCCGAUGUCGAUCGACCGAGACCAGUCACGAGCAGCAAAUGUCACGGCACGAAAUUCACAACCAACUAAUUAUAGAUCAUGCUGAAAAUACACAAAGGUCUGAAGAAAAAGAAGAAGAAUAAGAAAAAUAAACACAAAGAAGAAGAAUUAUUUAACGAAGAAGAACUUGAAAGAUAUCGUCGAGAACAUCAAGAGGGUAAAGAAGGGCUAAGUGAAGUUGAAGGCCAAGAAGAGUGGCAAAAAUUCAAAGCAAUCACAGCUGAUAUCGACAGUGUUUUAAAAAAAACACAAGGAGAUCUCGAUCGCAUUAAAUCGACAAGUUUCUUCCAAAGAAAGCCUACGCAGGUCGAAGUUCAAGCUGCGCAAGAUAAAUUAGAAGCCGAAAAAAAAGCAAGACAAAAAGAGGAGGAACGUAUAAAAGCAGAAGCUUUAGCAAAAGCUCGAGCAGCAGAAGAACAAGAAGCUGCUUGUGCACCUGUUCAGGAAGAAUCAUCCGAAGAAGAAUCGGAUCGUGGUGACGACAUAUUCGACACUUCCUACGUUGAUGUCAUAACAAGUGGAGACGUCAAAUUAGCUUACAUUCCGGAAAGUCCUACAGAGGAAAAAGAAGAAUUCGAUCCUUUCGAUACAUCAAUUGCAGAUAAAGUUAUCAAACCAAGUUCUAAUAAAAAAAAUCAAAGAUUUAUAAGUCUCGGAUGUGCGGUAGAAGUACUUUCGGGAAAAGAAGUUGAUAUUAAUCCGGAAGUAUUUAGGUCGUCGGCUGUACGAAAACGACCCAAACCUGUAAAUUUGUUGUUAGAAAGUUUUGACGAAAAUUCUACCGUAAAACUUAGAGAUGAAACACCUGUGAAAACAUUACUUGAUGAAGAUCCUGACUUACCUGCUGAUACUUUACCACUGACGAUAGUUACUCCGUGUAAAGAAGUAAAACUAUCUCCAAACAAAGAAGUUGAAGAUAUUAUAAUUUCACCUCAUCAAGACAUUACAAAUAUCAUCAACGAAUUUGAUACACCAUUAACAAUCAGUCAAGAACUUGCAACUGGUCAAUUGCAAUUAGUUGACGACGACAUAGACGACGAGUUCGCCGCACUAGCUGCAGAAUCAUUAUCUAAAACUCCAUUGCCGGAAGAUAUCGAUCCAUUUGACACGUCAUUUGCUGAUCAUCUUGUGCCUACGAUUAACGAAGAAAUCACAAAAAGCGAAGAACUAACCCAGGACGAAAAAUUAUCUGAAGAAGAUUUUUACAGUACAGUACGGUCACUUAGUGUUGAACACAGAGAUUUAUUAGGUGGCAGUACAACUGAUCUAUCUGUUAUUGGACACCAUCCAAUUGAACCGAACAAUCCGACCACUGAAAAAACGGAUAUAGAUCCAUUUGAUACAUCUAUUGCCGAAAGUCUAUUACCCGGCAAGGGUGAACUAAAACUUCUCGAAAACGAACUUUUAAACAAUUCAGAAAAUCAAAACAAAAAAAUCAUUAUUGAAGAAGACGACGAUUUUAACCCUAGAGCAGAAGAACCUACCACACGUCCGAUCGAGCUUAAUCUCAACGAUAAAAGAACCAGUGUUCCUAAAGUAACGUUCGCUUUGGAACCAGAUUUAUUGACUGACGACAGCCACGGCGAAUUGCACAUCUCAAAACCAUUAACGCCCUAUUACCCUACGAGUGAAGUAGAAGAAGUUAAUGUUGUAACAGACCCAUUUGAUACUUCACAUGUUAACCACGCACCUGGAAAAGUUGAGCUUAAAUUAUUAGAAAACGAACUAGUUGACGUUCCAGAUAAGUGUACAGAUAUACUUACAGAAGAAGAGUUUAUUCCUCACAUUCUUCAUACCCCCGUUGAACCAGAGAUUGCUGUUCCUGCCGACGUCGAUCCAUUUGAUACUUCGUUUGCUGAAAACACAGUACCGAGUCGAACAGAAAUAAAACUAUUAGAGUCUGAAUUUAUAACUAAAUUUAUGGCAAACCCAUUUUUAGUCGGAGACGUGUCGUCGUCUGUUUCAGAUUCUAAUACUUUUAACCCAUUUUUAACAAACACUUCUGCAACAGUUCAGCCAAGUAAUGAUCCUUUUUUUACACCAUUUGGAGGCUCAAAUACCAUUCCAGACAAUACAAAUCCAUUUUUGGCGUUUAUCUCAAAACCAGAAUCAUCACAGGCGGUGGCCGAUCUUUUGGGGAUUAAUGAAAAUACUUCACCUCCUAAUGUGGAAGACACGUCAAAAACCAAACCACCACCACCGAGACCAGCACCGCCUAAAAGGCCUCCACCGAGGCCUAUGCCUCCACCACCGCCACCUUCACAUGAAGCAAAAGAACUUAUUCUCAGUGUCACGGGAGAAAUGGACGCCACUUCAUCACAUAUGUUGGACAGAUUAGCCAAAACUCCCAGUCCUACGCCAAUAAGAGAUUUAUUAACACCCAGUCCUACACCAGUUUCCGAUCUUUUGGGAUAUGAAGAAAUUAUACCACCAGUUGAGUCUGUAGAAACUGUUACCCAACCCCCUACCGUACCCAAACCCGAAAGACCGAAAUUCCCACCGAAAAUUGAUUAUCUGAUGGAUGAUUUAUUAGAGGAUGUUCAUAUCGAAGAAGUCAGCGAAGAGUCUCAACCAAAACAUGAAAAGAAAAGAACGCCUUCAAUACCAGAAAAUCCACCAUCAAUAAAUGGCUCUAAAUCUUCGUCGAGGAAAUCUUCGUGUGAAAUUAUGUUACCCGUAAGAAGAUUAUCUCACGACGUAACCGAAUCUAGAAAAAUUAUGCCGGAUAUGAGUAAAAUAUCAGAUCGCAGAAAAUCAGAUAUAGGCCAUUUCGCACCAAUGUUGCCAGUAAGAAAACCAUCUAGUCAGAGUGAUCAAUCAUUGGUAGAGACUAAAAGUAGCAUUCAAGAAAUAAACGAGCUAGAGGAACCUAAAAACGUCGAAUCAUUGUCAGUUUCGGAUGUCGUCAUUCAAAGCAGUAUCGAGCCUAAAGAAGCAGUUUACAUCGAAGAAGUAAAUAACGAACCGACUAUUCAAGAUACGACUUCGACAUGGCAAAAAGAAGAAAACGGAUUGGAUUACGAUUCGCAACAAUUUGCCGAGUCUUUCAACCAACCAGUUGUCGAAACUUCACCAACUGAUACUAGAGAAUCAGUUAAGUCUCAGUCUCCACAAGAGUUGGCGGGUACGGAACAGACUGCAUUCAGCGGCAUUAACACUGCACAACUUUCUUUCGAAAAAAUAACUACGCCUCCUGAUUGUGAUACAAACGAACAGGAACAACCGAUCACAUUUGAGACUUCACCUUUUCCCUUAGCUCCUGAAUCAUUGGUAGAAACUACCAUUAUUCAAGAAGAUCUAAGUCAUGAAACUCCAUUUGUUGACACAGUUAAAACAGAAAAUGAAAGUACCAGUGAGCUUUUUGCUACGGAAAACCCUUUUGAAAAUAAUGAAGACGCGUUUGACGCCUUUGCUGCGAAAUUCGAAGAUUCUCAAGGCGAUUCGUUUGGGGCAGCAACAUUUGAUGCAUUUGGUGGUCCCAUUAUCGACACUGUUGCAGAUUCGACCAUGGGCUUCGGAGUUGACGACAGCUUCGAUUCAUUUCUAUCGACACACCCAAUACCGGCUGCACCACAGUCAACUCCUGCUAGAGUUACAAGGAAUAAUUCUGGAGAAUCAAUUAGUGAAAAUGAGUUUAAUGUCUUCAUAAGACCAAAAACUGAGGGUGGUGUAGAUGAACAAGUACCUUCUAUAGCACCACCUCCAAAACCAACAAACAUAUUUUCAGAAGGAUUUUCAUCACGGUUCAAUCCAUUUGAUCAAACAUCAAACGAUACUAGUUUUAAAGAACAAGACUUAUAUGCCGGUCAACCGAUGCCACAGCGUUCAGAUUCUCAGGAGACGCCGCCUAGUCCGUUAUUUGAUGAAGACGUUUCUCAACCCCUCGAAGAAUUCCCGAGAGUUAAUUAUCCAGGAGAAGGUUGGGAAAUGGAAUUAAGACAACCAAACAAGAAAAAAAUAACUGCCCAUCGAUUUUGGAAAAAAAUAUUCGUUAAAAUUGUUUAUCAGGGUGAGAACCCCGUGCUACAGCUGUAUAACCUGAAAGGCGAUAGAGAUCCGUUUCAAGAGCUUCCGUUGCAACCAAGUUAUUCGGUGUCUGAUAUUGGUGCUCAGCAGUAUGAUCAAUUUGGCAAAAUAUUCACAGUAAAAUUACUAUACAUAUUUUACAAAGAAAAAGCUGGGUUCAGACCAGGUCAAGUUACCAAAGCUGAAAGACUGACUACCAAACUGAGUCAGUUCGCGGCUUAUGCAAUACAAGGCGAUUAUCAAGGUGUAAAAGAGUUUGGUAGUGACUUGAAGAAAUUAGGAUUGCCGGUGGAGCAUGGUGCACAAACGACAACGUUAUUGAAAUUGGGAAGUCACAAAUUUGAAGACAUGAAACAAUUCAGUAUAUGCGUCGAAGAAGCAUUGUUUAAACUUUCGGCUCACCGCGACAGAGCGUUGAACUACAAGGUGGAAGACGUGCAAAUCACUGUAGUCGAUGAGCUGUUUGUUGAUCAAAAUUCGCAGGGAUCCGUGCUUAAGCAAAUAGCUAGAGUCCGUUUGUUCUUUUUGGCUUUCAUGUGUGGAAUGCCUGAUGUCGAGUUGGGUGUAAACGAUUUAGUGAGACAAGGCAAAGAAGUAGUCGGUCGACACGACAUCAUACCCGUGGUUACGGAAGAAUGGAUUCGUCUAGAAGGAGUAGAAUUCCAUAACUGCGUGCAACAGGACGAAUACGACAGAACAAGAACGAUCAAAUUCAAACCUCCCGACGCUUGUUACAUCGAACUGAUGAGAUUUCGAGUCCGACCUCCCAAAAAUCGUGAACUACCUCUACAACUGAAAACCACCAUGAACAUUACCGGUAACAAAGUGGAGCUAAAAGCCGACAUACUCGUGCCGGGAUUCACGAGCAGGAAAUUGGGUCAAGUACCUUGCGAAGACGUAGCUAUUCGUUUUCCUAUCCCAGAAUGUUGGAUAUACUUGUUCAGAGUGGAGAAACACUUCAGAUACGGUUCGGUGAAAUCCGCACACAGAAGGACGGGCAAAGUAAAGGGUAUCGAGCGGUUCCUCGGUACGGUCGAUAAUCUCGAACCGCAUUUGAUCGAAGUCACUUCUGGAGAAGCCAAAUACGAACACCAUCAUAGGUCCGUCGUCUGGAGGAUGCCUCGGCUGCCGAAAGAGGGACAGGGAGCUUAUACGACACACAAUCUCGUUUGCCGCAUGACUCUGACGUCGUUCGAUCAAGUGCCAGAGCAGCUGGACAAAUAUUGUUACGUGGAGUUCACGAUGCCGACUUCUCAGGUAUCGCAUACGACCGUCAGGUCGGUUUCGAUAGUGAACAGCGAAAAAGACUCUCCUCCGGAAAAAUACCUGAGACUGAUGGCCAGACACGAGUACAGGGUGGAAAUCGAACACAUUCACGGUGAAGUCGAAGAGAACCCUUACAUGGCGGCAACUGCCGUGCCGAGGACUCCGCAGCCCACGAUCAAAGAGAAACCUCAACCGGCCGCGGCAGCUUCUGAUAGCGAUUCCUCGUCUUAAUGAAACCACUUAAGACUUAACGUUAUUUCCACAACACUACAAACGGCUUAUGGUAACAAGUUGCUCUGUUAACGACAUCAAUAACAGUGUUUAGCUUAUGAUCUCUUCCUUGAACUCUAGAAUAACAUUUUGUAUAUUAAAUUAAUUUGUAAUUAAAACAUAAGUGUAUACACUCUACUCUAUUUUUUAGACGAGGUAACAAUGAAUCACACAGUCGUUCACUUUUUAUAACUCAGAGGCCUUUUAUCAUUAUUAGCAUAUACGGUGACAAUAACAUUACUCUUUAAUAUGUAUAUCGUUGGUUCUAUACUUGAUGAUAUUUUUAAAAUGUUCAAUCAGCUAUUCAGCUUAACUCGACCCUUUUUUUUUAAUAUUACCAGUUCUGAAUUUCUUAUGUGUGCGAAGAUUACCUGCAACAUAAUGUUGGAAAUCGCGAGUUUAGGUUAUCUAAAAAUAUACACACGGUUUUCUCAUUAUGUGACCUCGUUAGUAACAAAUCUGAUUAUCUUAUACUACUUAUAGAAUAUUGUUAAUGUGUACCUAAUUAUCGGGUAAUAUUUACCAACACUAUGCGAUUACACAUGAAGGGGCAAAAUGAAAAACUUUAAAAGACUUAUCUACUCUUGUUUAAGUAUAAUAUUACUAGUCAAUCCACAAAUUGCUGUCUACUAUUCCGGAUAACAUUCCGGUUUCAUUCUACUCUUUUACCCUUGCAUACUACCUAUAUACGAUAUUUAGAUAUAAUAAUAAUAAUAUAUUAUUAUAACGGUAACUUUUAACCAACAGUAUUAAUCAUUUUUAGCUAUCUUUACAAUUUAUUAUUACUACCUAACCUAUAUGCCUAAAAAUUAUAACUAUUGUAUAUUAUUAUCAAUUGUAUUACAUUGUCAUUUUUAUUUUGUUUUGCAUAUCACGUAGGUUUACCGUUCUAAACGUUGAAAUACAAUAAAUUGUUUGUUAAUCAAACAAAAUAUUUAUAAUAUAAUUAACGUGACAACAUA